AUGAUUUGGAAUAAAUUUAUUUGGAUUAAAAUGAUUUUGGUUUAUGCAAUCUAUUUCCAGAUUUCUAUGUAUCAAGUAAAAUCCGAUAGCACAACAGUAGCAGGUUCAUCAUUUCUAGUAAAAGCUGUCAUAUAUACAGAUCUUAAUGGAACAUACUACCCAUGGAAAUCGGAAUUACAAGAUGUUCUUUCAACUGAUUACACGACAUUGGCUAGCAGUGUCUGCAAUCUCACUAUUGAAAGUUUGUAUCUUGGCGAUCCAAUAAUCUCGAAAGAUGCACGAUGUUUCAAUAUUGUUUUCGUUCCAGUUAACAAUAGUAAUGAACAAGUAGGUACAACACAGAGUGGAAUUGUUAAUGUAAACAUUACUGGUGUUCAAGCCAAUAUAAAUAUAGAAUUGGUUUCUAUUAAUGCUUCAUUAAUUAAUGAAUCUAUAUUCUAUAACAUAUUAGUCAAUGGCUAUAAUCAACUGAACAAAACAUUGAAUAUAUUUGUUAUGGAUAUCGAGAUAUAUCGUAUCGCAUCGGAUCACACAACCGAGUCAUCAUCCAGUUCGCAAAGCACUACGCACAUUCCGUCCGAAGUGUCCAGUCAACCACCUGGAUCCACAACAUCAUCUACUCCAACUGAACCACACACCAAUUCAUCAGUCGUCACUAGUAUCGCAUCGGAUCACACAACCGAGUCAUCAUCCAGUUCGCAAAGCACUACGCACAUUCCGUCCGAAGUGUCCAGUCAACCACCUGGAUCCACAACAUCAUCUACUCCAACUGAACCACACACCAAUUCAUCAGUCGUCACUAGUAUCGCAUCGGAUCACACAACCGAGUCAUCAUCCAGUUCGCAAAGCACUACGCACAUUCCGUCCGAAGUGUCCAGUCAACCACCUGGAUCCACAACAUCAUCUACUCCAACUGAACCACACACCAAUUCAUCAGUCGUCACUAGUAUCGCAUCGGAUCACACAACCGAGUCAUCAUCCAGUUCGCAAAGCACUACGCACAUUCCGUCCGAAGUGUCCAGUCAACCACCUGGAUCCACAACAUCAUCUACUCCAACUGAACCACACACCAAUUCAUCAGUCGUCACUAGUAUCGCAUCGGAUCACACAACCGAGUCAUCAUCCAGUUCGCAAAGCACUACGCACAUUCCGUCCGAAGUGUCCAGUCAACCACCUGGAUCCACAACAUCAUCUACUCCAACUGAACCACACACCAAUUCAUCAGUCGUCACUAGUAUCGCAUCGGAUCACACAACCGAGUCAUCAUCCAGUUCGCAAAGCACUACGCACAUUCCGUCCGAAGUGUCCAGUCAACCACCUGGAUCCACAACAUCAUCUACUCCAACUGAACCACACACCAAUUCAUCAGUCGUCACUAGUAUCGCAUCGGAUCACACAACCGAGUCAUCAUCCAGUUCGCAAAGCACUACGCACAUUCCGUCCGAAGUGUCCAGUCAACCACCUGGAUCCACAACAUCAUCUACUCCAACUGUACCACACACCGAUUCAUCAGUCGUCACUAGUGAGUUCAAUCGAUAA